GAGGGACACGUUGCUAAAAGCAGGUGGAGACUGAAAAAAGCCUGUAAGUGUUUUUUUCGCUCUUCCUUGUCACGCUCCGACAGCUCGCUUACUCUAUUGUUUCUGUGACACGUCUCAAAGUGAUUAGCAUAUGAGAGCUUUGCCGAUGUAUUGAGUUCAAGCGAGCUCUGCACAAACCCAGUAUAGUGUCUGGUAAGCGUAGGCUUGUGCCAAUGGCGACGUCUGUGGCAGCAGAGAAAGCGGACAAAUCCGCCGAAAAUCAGGGGAAACCUGGCGUUGAAGCGAUUGUACCAUCUCCAAAUGAACAGAAGCCAUCAGCGAAGAAGACAGAACUUGCAAUUUUGAACUUUGUGAUAAAAUAUCUGAAGUUAGUCGGAGGUGCUUUGCUGAUCUGGUUUAUGGGGUGGUUUGGAUUGAGUUACGUCUGGAUCAUCUGCGGCUUUUUCGUGUAUGUUUUAUGGCGUAUGAAUCAGGACGAACGAAAGACUAGGAGACAGGCGUUCAGGGAAGCUGUAGAACGCGAGCAAGAAGUAGUUGAGGCGCGAAUGGAAGAUCUGCCAUCUUGGGUAAGAUACGUCUCUUGGCAAAUGAGCGCAUAUUUAAUGUGCUUUCAACCAAUUUGAGCCAAAGAUAGCCUUUUGUUUCUAGAUCGAUCGCGUCGCUUAAGUCAUCAACAAAAUUGUGAUUUGAAACUGACUUAAAUUUCCCGAGAAAUAUUUCUUCCUCGAGGCUUCGAUUUGUAAGAGUCACGUAAUGCGAUAAACAUCCUAACUAGUGCACGUUGCCUCGUGCUGAACUUGUGAGCUACAGGUCGUAAUUAUUUCUUCUAAUUCGUAUGGACGAGCUUUGUUAAAGUCCUAGCUAACAAAGUAUUUGACAAUAUUUCAUCUUCAUUCCGCUUCUAAAUCUGCUUUAAAGCUUAUUUAUCAUGUUAUUUGGUUAGGCGUGGUUUGAGCAUUUCUCUCGAAGGUUCGUUCACAAUUUAUAUGCAGGAACAAAUAGGUUUAUUCUCGUAUUGGGUCGUCAUGUCGUAAGGGUCCUCGAGUCUGGACUUGUUUAGAGAGCUUUAAGACAUGAAACUGUUGGACAGCUCGAGGAUACAAUGGGCCUCAUUCUGGGAGCAGUCACUUAGCGAUGUAAACACAUCGAAAUUAGUAAUGUAUAUUUAGCUGAUGCAUCUCACAGAGCUGUUUGGUCAAUCAUCCUUAAACCUCUUAUUUUCUUUUUACUAAACUUCAAAGACCUGAGAAAUUAUCCGAACAAUAAACCAAAUUUGAGUGGAUAUCUCCUAAAGCUUCUCCAGACAUGAAACUUUGCUGCGCGUCAUUCGCUCAAGUUGGAGAAAAUUUUCAAAUAACAAAAGCUCAUAAAACAUUCAAGAGGUCUUACUUUGCGAGACGAACAUUUGUGCCAAAUGUCUGUUCAGCUGUUGAAAGGCACUCCAAUGUGUUUUAUAUCGUGCCAAGUAAUAAUGUUCCAGUCUGAAUUUGACAGGUGUUGGAUUAAUUGAGACAGCUUAAAAUGUUGUGCAGUUGAAUCAGAAGAAAAGUACUUUGGUGAAAAUUUUAUUUGACAUCAGGAUUUAAAUCCCCAAUGAUUCAGUAAUUUUGUCUUUUGAUUCAAGUUGUACUGUUUAGUAUAACGUUGUUGCCUUUGUUGAUUUUAAUAAGACCUCUUGCAUGUUGCUGGGAAAUACAUUUAAGGGAAAGGAAUAUCACAAGUAUUAGAAAUAAUUAGUGACUGCAGGGUGUGAAAUGAACUUCUAAAAAAAAAAAUUUUAUGCAUAAAAUAGUGUCAAAUUUGCACUGUUCAAUAUAAAUAUGUAUAUUUUAAUAGUUAUCUAGAUGUUACCAUGAUUAUAUCUCUUUGUGCACACUUUCCUUGAGACAUUCAAUAUGAAUCCAUAAUUUAAAAACAGUUGCAAAGUAGUGUGAAAUAGCAUUGAAUGUUAUUUUGCAUUUUUCCAUUCGUAACAAAAUGACCACUGGCCUGGCUCAACAAAAUGCUGUUACAUGUACGUUAAUCUAAGGGCCACUUCCAGUCAGGAAUUCAAUUCUUUUUCUAGUCACAAGGGUGUCCUCUGGAAAGAGGAUCCUCUAAAUUAUAACUUCCUCCUACAGAAAUCUUUAUUUCUUUGUGUUCAAGUGAAAGAAAAAGGUUGGGCACAGCACCCACAUGUGGAGUUGUUUGGUCUAAUGCUUCCAAACAAAUGAAUCAUCCUGGCAGGGCUGUUGAUUAAUUUUGAAAGUAGAGGGCAAAUGAGGAAUAGAAGGUAGCCAGGUGAUUUUGGAUGCCAGGUUGUUUUGUAAGAUUGUAAGAAGACUGGGAACAAUACAGUUAAAAUGUCCUAAGCUUUCCACCAAGCCUGCAAAACAUUGUUGUGGGAAAAUUCUCAACAAGGAAGUGAUUCACACUGAAACUUGUUGAGGGUAAAUUUUGCAUUGAAUUCCACUCAAAUCUUGGAAAUGGCUGCUGUAAAAAUUUCUUGGAUAACUUUACAAGAAUUUGACCAGUAUUCAUCAAUAGAUUAGGUGAAAUGAUGCACAUUAAAGUAGCUGGCUAGAUGGCAGACCAGCCUGUGUUUUGCUGGCUGGUUACAAGUCCCUAUUGCUGACUCUGUAAAGUGUAUAAACCAUUAUAUUUAGAUUAUCUUCCAAGAUAAAUCAUCUUAGCUAUUUUUUCUUUCCUCCAGGUUUUCUUUCCUGAUGUGGAAAGAGCAGAAUGGCUCAACAAGGUAAAAACAAUACAACCAGUAUUAAAAACAAGAAGUAAGGUACUACAUCUUGGCAGUACUGCUGAGUCACCCUUUCAACCAAUGAGAUGCAACUCUUUCUUUUAAAUUUUCCUAAUCAUGUACUUAACCUUGUAACUCCCAGUAGUGAUUAACAUGAAACUUCUCCCAAUAAUAUCUAUACAUUAUUCAGCAAAUAAGUGACGAGAAUAUUCAAAUUUAUUAGGUAGAAGCUGCUAUCUUGAUCUAGCACCAAGUUCUCAUAAUUAAUUUACAAGGAAAUGUGUAGCAGGAAGAGGGGAGAAUUAACAAUCAGAUCUUGGGAGUUAAAGGGUUAAGGCAGAUGGCUCAUUUUUCCUUUGAGGUCUCAUCAGCUCCUAUUUUAGUUUUACAAUUAUUAAGUUGUUUUGCUAUCAAUCUUUAGGCAAAUAUGGCUAACAUGCUCACAUGGUUUACAAUUUUCCCUCUUAAAAAGUCAUUCUUGAGAUAAAACUAGGGAAAAAUUUUGGCUGCCUAUGCAGCAAGUUCGAGGUAAUGACAUUUGAUCUUAGAACUGACACUGUUUUAUCUCAUUAUGUGAUUAUUCAACAACAGAUGCUGGUUCAACUGUGGCCGUAUAUCAAUGACAUGGUGGUAAAGAUCCUAAAGGAACAAGUGGAACCAGAAAUUCAGAAGAAUGUGCCUGGAUUUUUGAGCUCCAUCUACUUCAAAGAAAUCUCUCUUGGUGAAGUGGUGAGUCAGACAGAGGGUUUUACACAUAAAAAAUUUGCUAUAAUUUACAUGUGAUGUGUCUUUGAACAAUGCAGCAAUACAAUCUCCUCACUCAUUCUCUGUUUUGGUUUUGUAGCCUCCCCGUAUAGGUGGAAUCAAGACGUACACUAAUAAUGUGGACCGUAAUGAGAUAAUCAUGGAUAUUGAUUUAAUGUGAGUACACUUCAUUUCAAACUUGAUUGUUUACUUCCUGUGCUACUGUGUUUAUUAAGAUCUUUGAUUUUAUAAUUAUUAAAGAAUUAUCAUGACUUGUGCUGUGUCAAUUACAAGUUUGAUUUGUAUUCUCUUCAAAGCUGUCCAAUAUAAACCCUUUCACUUUCAGGAGUGACCAAAAUGGAAUUUUUCAUUACAAUUCCAAAACUGUUUCAGGCAGAAGAGUGUUUAGAAGAAAGAAACGUUUAUUUAGUUAGCACAUAUUCUCUGGUUUUGCACCAAAUUCUUAGUGCCAAAAUGAUAUGAAAUGUAAAGCACAGUGUGGAAAUUUAAGUUUAGAUCUCAGAAGUUAGAAAAGAUAGAAAAAUUUUUUAUAAAAUUUCUAAUUUCUGUUUUAUUUCUUGUCAUUGCUUUUAGUUAUGCUGGGGAUUCAGACUUUGAGUUAUCUGUCAAGGGUGUCAGUGUUGGCAUUGAAGAUCUCCAGGUAUACUGUAUUUACUGCAAACAGAAUAUUUUACCAGCAUGAGUUGCUUGAAACUAGAAAUUCUCAUGUAUUAUCCUGCUGCAUUCUUAUGGUUUCUUUUCAUCCCAUUCAGCUUCGUGGAAGUCUGCGUGUGAUUCUGCGCCCUCUCAUCCCAGCUGCUCCUCUUGUGGGUGGGGUGUCAGUCUUCUUUCUUAACAGACCUGUAAGUUAAAAAUUAAUUGAAAUACCAAUUUUUGACAAGAAAAGUUGUUUUUAGGUUGUCAAUGCUCUUUUACAAACUUAAUCAGGUUGGAUAUUUAACAAAUACAUUCCAUUUUACAGUAGGACAGUUCAGUCAUAGACCACAGAUGUCAAACCGUGAUAAGAAAAAAAAAAGUGGCACCCAAGUUGCUGCCAGGUGUGUCACUGAUGUGUCACCACAUUUUGAUGUUACCUGUGAUCUAUUACUGACUGGACAGACUGUAACAUAGAAUCCAAUUGUUUUAUAUUAUAAGGAAGUAAAGUCUUGUUCAUGGUGAUGUAAUCUGUACUUCUGUCCUCCAAUAGAUUGAAAGUAAGAUCCAAUCAAAAUGGGUGUAUGAUUCAGCUUAUUGUAAACUUUUUUUUUGCUUUAUUCUUAACAGGACAUCGACUUUGACUUAACAAACAUGGCAAAUAUUCUUGAUAUUCCUGGUCUGAGGUAUGCAUACUUUGAUUUACUUUUUAGAAAACUUGCAUGGGCAACAGUAGAUAUACUUAUAUAAUGAAUCAUUAGUUGUGGUAAAGUAGACAUGAUCUAUAAAACUAAUCUGCAUUAGAGGUGAUGUUUGGUUCUCUAACUUUCCUUUUCCAUUUUUUCAGCGACAUUAUCCGUGGGGUAAUAGAUGAUGUUGUGGCAGGAUUUGUGGUUCUUCCAAACAGGAUCACAGUACCUUUGACUGAUGUUGAUCCUUAUGAACUGAAAUACCCCAUGCCUGAUGUGAGUGACUUGUACUUAUCAUUAGAGUUUUCUUUCUGCAAAUUGUCUUUGAUUGUGCCUCAAGCCAUGUUGAAAACAAUUUCCCUUGUAACAGUUUUGGACCAUUAGAGGAAUUGGAAUAGAAUUAUCUAAAUUUGAAUAACUCAAUAGUGCAGUACACCAAGUGUACACAUAAAUGAAGUUUUUUAAAGGUUUCUGACAAUCGAUUUUGCUUUUUCUUGUCACCCCAGGGUCUUCUUCGCAUUGAAGUCCUGGAAGGUAAAGACUUGAUCAAGAAAGACAUUGGUAUCAUAUCUAAGGGUUCUUCAGAUCCAUAUGUUAUUCUCAGAGGUAUGUGUCAAAGCCUAUGGAGAUUACUGUAUGAGCCAAAGACAUGGAAAGGCCCUUACUGAUCAGCAGUAAAUAUGUAUUCAAGAGUCUUUUGGUACUUGUGUCACUGAAAUUUUUCUGCCUCAGUUUCAUUGGGAGGUGGAUAAUACUUUAAGUCUGAACUCCUCCAAAACUUCCAUUUCUGUGUGAACUUUUUUUAUGGUUAAUUUUGAAUUAAAUAGAAUCAGCAAUCAAUGAAACAUGAACUUACAGUUGAUACGAAUUAUUGAUUUAAUAAUUUGUUUGAUUUCUCAUUUGCCUUGCCCCCAUGGAGAGAUUAAUUCAUCGGGAUAAGAUCAUUGUUUCAGAAUGCCAAUGAAUAUCUCAUGUGUACCAUAGGUCAAUUUGUGAGUUCUUUCAUAGUUUCAACCUAUGCUGAUAUUUCUUUCUGUUGCCAGUGGGAGCCAAGACAUUCCGCACAAAGACAAAGGACAGCACAGUGAAUCCAAUAUGGAAUGAAGUAUUUGAGGUAAAGAUUUUGAUGGGUUUGUGGCUCCUAGUUCAGACUUCAAACAUGGGAUAUUUAAUUUCUGAUUGUUUUGUUUCGGAUUGUUUAUGUGAAGGCCUUUGUGGACAACUCACAUGGUCAGAAAAUAAAGAUUGGUGUCUUUGACGAGGACAAAGCGUCUGAUGAUGAAUCUCUUGGAACGUAAGUAAUCAUCCAAACAUGAAUUAGUAGAAAGCAACUCAUAUCUCCAGUUUUUAUGCGACUGUUUUGAUGUUGACAAAUGAUGUUUUAUCUCCCUAGUGUUGAGGCUGAUAUUGGUACCAUUGUCCAACAAGGCAAUGUUGAUUUGGUAAGUUGCAAAUCUUUCACUAACUAAAGAGUUGUGUGUCAUAUUCAAUAACUGAUGUUAGGAACCUUUUUGAUUUUGAUACGGCAUCUAGAGCAAUUUUAAAUUGAUCGUCAAAUUGAAGCAAUCCAGGAUUGUACUGGGUUUACUUUCCUUCCUAUGGUCUGUGAUUGUUCUUGAAAACGUGUCCUACCCUCUGAGCCAAACACAUGCAGAGAUAAAUUUCACCUACAGUGAUUUGAUCAGUGACACUUUCCUUCACUUUAAUUGGUAACUUUACCUGUUUUUUUCUUUUGACUGAGUUUACAUUGGUUGAUUUUAAUAUUUCUCCUUGUCCUGAUUGGCCAUUGGUUCAUUUUAAUAUUUCUCCCUGUCCUGAUUGGUCAUUGUGAUGAAUUAUUGGUUUUUGGUUUAAACACUCAGAUUAACCCUUUAACUCCCAAAAGUGAUUACUAUGUAACCUCUCCCUAUAGUGUUCAUACAUUAUACAGCGAACAGAUAAUGAGGACACUAUAAUUGAUUACCCUGAUUGAACACCUAAUUCUUAUAGUUAAUUUACAAGGAAGUGUGUAGUCGCUAGAGGAGAGAAUUGACAAUCAGAUCUUGGAGUUAACUCAAUUGCUCAAUUUAUUCUAACCUGUAAUUACAUAAUUUUUGAAUACAGUGGCUUCCACUUGAGAAUGUGAAGAGUGGCCAGAUCAACUUGAGAUGCACAUGGUUCACAUUGACUGCCAAACCAGAUGAUCUCUCACCAGUAAGUUCUGCACGAACUAAAGGGUGUUUUUAUAUUUAUGAGGACUAGCUGAACAGAAAAACAAAAUCAUUGCUGCAGCAGUCAAAGAAUAGUAAAAGGAAAGCGGAAUUUGUGGACCUGUACUUUUGAGAAUGGGUGUGUGAGUUGGUUCCUUCUGUGUGUUUUCAAGGCCCAGAAACAACUUUUCACCAUUCUCUCUCAGUAAUAUCUUGCAUGUUUGACAACUUGGUCACACUUUGGAAGUACAGUAAUCAGUGGGAGAACUUAUUUUUUUUAGUGACUGGCCAUGCUCAAAAGACAGGACCAGUUUAGCAAGAACUGCACCUAUGUCCUGUGCAUAUAUGUGCAGGAACAACCAUUCGUUUAGGCAGGCCAAGAGCCAAGGAUCUUGACUGUGUAUUAUUUGCUUGUUUAUUAGUUUUGUUUUUCAUAUACAGCCUGACCAAGCUGUUAUUGGUGAGGAGAUGUUAGCAACAGCAGCUCUUUUUGUUAAACUGGACUCAGCCAAGAAUCUUCCGGUAAGUGUGCAAUGUGAGCACUCCUUUAUUUGACAAAAAGGAAGUGCAAAAUCUCUGCUUCUCAGAAUAAGACCACAGGAAGUGUGAAAGGUCACUGUUGUGAAAUUUUAAAGUUAAUUUCAACUUUUCUGUAGGUGACAAAUGCUGCCCGUGGUACCACAAGUGCAUUCUGCAAACUUACUGUUGGAAAUGUCACUUUCCAGAGCAAGGUAACCUUAAAGUCUGUAUAUUAUUUAAAUAAGCUUUUGAUCAAGCUACAACAUCUUAUACCUAUUAAAUAUUAUGACUAUAUGGGUAUUUAUUUAAUCAAUGAUUUUGUUUUCACUAAUGAAAUAAAUUGUUAGUAAUAAUUUUUUUCCACCUUGUACAAUGCAGACCAUUCAAGACUCCAUCAGUCCAGUGUGGGAAGAACCAUUCCGCUUCAUGAUCCAUGAUCCUAACUAUCAGGAAUUGGAUAUUGAGGUACAGAUUCAUUCAUUGAUCAUGGCUCUUGUAAGGAGACUAUUUUUUUAGCAAGUCAAAAAAUGUUGUAAAAUACAUGUAAUAGGUGAGUUUUCUCACUAUCUGAUUGAAAAACAGCUCAGCUCAUUGAAUUUUAGUCACCAAAUGUGGUAUAAUAGCCAGAUAAUUUUCUGUUCUCCAAUGCUGGAUGAACAUCUCGUAAGUAGAUAGGAAUUUUCCAGUUUCUGAUCUAUGUACAUGUAAAAUUUUACGGUUUGUUUUACUUAUUACACAUCUUCAAUGGUUUUCUUUUCUUUAACAGAUUUUUGACAGCAGCAAGGAGAAAAGCAUUGGCAAACUGGAGUUCCCCUUGGCUCAGCUUCUGAAGAAUGAGAACAUGACAUUUGAACAACCUUUCCCCUUGAAGGAUUCAGGCCACAACAGUACUUUGACUUGCAGGUUUACACUGAAGGUAAACAUAUUCAAACUGUGGUCCCAGAGAGAUGAUCAUCAGUAUAUCUUUUCACCCAUCAUUGCCAAAUUUGGUGCUUUGUCAAGAUUUCAGUUUCUGUGAAAGUAGUUACUUACAUGAUGCUUUAGUCUGAGGAAAUGCAAGCCCCUUAUAUGCUUUAUAUACUAGGCAUUGUUUACAAGAGAUGAUGACACAUCAGACGAAGAAGACGACACUGACCAACCAGAUGUGAUUGCUGCUGAUGAACUGUCAGGUGGUGCAAGCAAGCAAAGGUAAGUCCAUGCUUUAUGGACCUGUACCUUCCAAUUCACAAGACUACACUGUGUCUGCUACUAGUCAGUGCUUGUUAUGAAUAUCUUUCAUGUACAUGCAUUUACCUCUCUCUCUUGCUGUGGACAACAAACUAUGAGCAAUCAAUAAUCUGUUGAUAGUCUCUUUAUCUUUUUGAAAUAUGUCUCUCUGAUCCUUUUGUAAGAUCAAAAAAAAAAAAUUUGUGUUAAUUUAAAGGACAGUUGAAGGUUUAUUGUGUACUAAAAUGAUAACUGCAGUUUCAGUCAACCAUUUGUUAAUUUAUUUAAAGUUCAAUCCAUCAAUAAAUCAAAGAACCAUAAUUUAAUUAUUUCUAAGAAUCAUUAAUGAAGAGUCAUUUUAAAAAUCAUUUGACUCCUAAUGAUUAAUUAACAGAUAAACUUACAAACAGGGCAUUACGAAAUGUACAUUGAUUUCUAAUUAACUAAAUUAUUGCAGAUUUCCCUCUUCAUUACACUCAGCUUCAUCUCUCACAUAAUUUUUGAUAUAAAACAUGAUAUAAAUUGUCAAAAAGAUAAGUAAUAACCCAUAAUUAAAUUUAAAGUAACCUCAAAUAAUAUACAAAUAUCUUUUAAAUUAAAAACAAUUAAUUGCACACUUUAAACAACAUCACUUUUUGAUACUGAUGGUCUUUGAAUGUUAAAUAUCAUUUUCUGAGCAUCAGUGAUAUUUAUGGAGUAAAUAAAAAUUUUAGUAUAAAAUUAAAAAAUUAACAUUAACAUUAAAAUUUAAACCAUACAGGAGUUAAUCAUGCAAUUGGUGUUGGUAAUCAGUAACAGAUUUAGAGUUAAAAUUUACAAUGUAAGUUAAAUAAAGUAAAUCUUGAGAGGUGAUAAAAUUUAAAGCAAAUUCUGGUUACUAACAAGAGUAAUUUUCUUCACAUUGCUGGCAGCUUUCACUAAUCUUUCCUUUAACUCCUUACUGUUUCUGCAUGCCGCAAUCCUUGCAGCCUCGCAUCAGGUAACAGUCGCCUAAAACGCUGCAUUUUUUUCUGCUUUUGUUUGGCUCCUAGCGAGGAAAGCACUGUUAGACGAAGGAAGCCUGUCCCCAAAGUUCAAAGGUGAGCUGGUGUAAAGUGAACAGUUGAUUAAUGUUUGACGUCUGUAAACAAUAUCACUAACACUAACCCUUAGGGAUGACAUUGUCAGUGAGAGAGAGCUUUCUGUUGUAAUACCUAGCAAUGGUUACUGUCAAAACUAAUGAACAAACCAGUGGGUAGUUAUUAGAAGUUAAAGGGUUGUUAAAUACAAGGCACCUGAUGUUUGUCAGCAAUAAAGCAUACCUGUAAGAGAUAUGGAAGUCUAAUGAUUACUGUGGUGUCCAGUGGAUCAAGAGCUACAGGUUGAACCCUGCUGGACCACUGGGAACUUUGUUUUAGGGCAAGAAACUUUUAAGGGGGGAGGGGGGAAGGUAGGUAAGUUUUCUCUUGUGGGUUUGCAAAACCUGACAAAAUGUUGGAGAGUAACCUGUUGUGUCAUGAUAAAGGUCUGACAAGCUGCAACAUGCAGUGUAUGCAACUUUCCAUAUGCUCAGAAUUGUUUCUUUUUUGGCCAUUUAAUAAGAGCGUGUGGAAGGCAACCUUGGAUAACGUUGUGCUUCAACUGUUACGCCGAUUUUAUUUUGAUCAUCUGUCAGUGUCUCUGGUUUGAUCCAAAUAUUAAGCAAAUUAAUUCAUGGGUAAUUGAUGUUAUUCUUGAAACAGGACAGUGUCUGGUGACAUUCGCCUCACCACACGCUAUAACAAACAAGGAAGCAAGUUUGAGGUCAUUGUUCACCAAGCAAGGUCAGUCCAAAUUCAUUCCUCUUAAUUGUUUAAACCCAAGAGCAUGUUCAGCAUAUAAUUUCUCCUUUCAGUAAUACUGCUGAAUCAUUCAUUAAGAUCAUGAGAAUAAAGGAAAUGAUCUUUAACAUAUGAAGCUUUAAUGUUUAAUUUACAAAUUCUCCUUAUCAGUUCCUUUAAGGAAAUAUGGAGAGAAGUAUUGAGAAUAUGGAUACUGAUGUAUGGGUGUGAAAGGUGUAAAUUUCAUAAAUAAACAAAGAGCAAAAGUAAUGAAAGGACUUCUUCAGUCUUCUUUGUACACAUUUGGGUACUUUGUUACAUGUUACUAAUUAUUUUUUUCUGUUACUCACUUAAAGGAAAUUGCUGGCUUGUGACUCAGAUGGUCUUUCUGACCCAUAUGUCCGUGCUUACCUGCUUCCUGACAAGUCUCGAAGUGGCCGCAGACGAACUGAUGUCAAGAAAAACACCCUCGAGCCAGACUUUGAAGAAACGUAAUUCUAACUUUCUUAAUAUCCUUUUUGCUUUUUUUACUCUUUAAUCUCACAGUGCAACUGAUUUUCUACUUAGAAUAAUGUUUGUGUCCUACUCUGAGAAAGAUUUUGUAUCAUCCUGUGGAAAACAUUUUUUUUUAGGUUUGAAUGGAGUGUCCCUGAGGAUAAAGUGAAGGAACACACUUUGGACAUUACUGUCAAGAAUGAUGUGUCUUUCUUCUCAAAGAGUAAAACUUCUAUGGGCCAGGUAUGAAGUUAUUUUUUUUGGCUCACUUAACAAAGUUGAGAUGGAAGGUUUCCAAUAUGAAAAAUGUUUUUUAACAUAAUCAGAGAUAAGAGCAAUAAUAUAUACAAUUAUAUAGUCAAUCCUUCAGCUUUUUAAAGUCAACUGGCUCCAGUAAAUAUUAAUAUGUGUACCAACCCCAUGGUGAUACAUUAGAACUACUUGGGGGGUGGGGAUGGGGGACAGUGGAAGGAAAAGCUUUUAAAGAGAAAGGUAACUGUAGGUUUUAGUGGAAUAUCAAGAUAGGUGGGGGAGGGGAUGCGACAAAAUAACCUGAGUGGGAGGAGUUUGCACUCUUUUGUGGAGCAGCUUUUAAACAAGGGCACAUUGGUUUUACAUUGUAACAAGGGUAGUGACACUUACUAUUUUUAUUGUCCUUCAGGUUCUGCUUGACCUUGGUAAACUGGAUUUGUCUCAGCCUGUCACUGAAUGGUAAGUAUUUUGUAUUUAAGAUUAAUGUGAAUGCGAGGGAUGUACUUAUAAUGUUAUUAAUUUUAAGAUUGUUAUUUAGAAAGGUUCUUAAUUGUUGACCCCCAAAGUGGUCACAUCUAAUUCCCCUUGCAAUGUCUCCCAGGAAUCACACAUUAAAGUUACAAGAAUCAAGGAAAUGAUCACCAACUAAAGAAGCUCUUGAUUGUUAAACAAAUUCUCCUUGUCAGCACAUUAGGAAAUGUAUGGAGAACAGAAUGGAGAAUAUACAUACUGAUGUCAGGGUGAAAAGGGGACCAAAAGGGAGAACUUUCCAUCUUUUCACUUCUAGAAGUUUCAAAAGAUAGAUUUCCUAUGACUUUCUAGAAAAUUUCCCUUUUAGAUCCAAAAGUGGAAGGUUGUUUUGAUAAACAAAAUUACAUCUUUAUUGCAAAAAUAGCAUUGGUUAUAAAUGGUACAAAUAUUACACUUUUAUAACAUUUCUAAAGAUAGAUUUAUCUAAAAUAUAUAUCAGGCACAUUAUUUGUGUAAGAAUUAUUAAUAGUAAAGAGUUUGACCCAAGUUUACUUCCCCAUAUUUUACCCAACUGAUAAUCUUUUACAUGCAUUAAUAAAAUUUACUUCUAUGAUGUAAUUACAGGUACAUGCUGCGUGAUGAGAAGAAGGAAGAUGAUGACUGAGGAAUUAACCAAUGUGGAAAUGUCAUUGAUAACACUCAUAAUACCAGAGCACUGAAAGAGAACUGUAGUACAUUAGAGGGGAAAAAUUUUAAAAUAAAACAUCAAGUGGGAGAAUGAAUUAGAGACAGAACAGUCUGUUGAAAAGAAAUUCUGGGAUAACUGUAGUUAAAAGCUCUUGCUUUCCAUCCACCUUAUUUCCUAUGGUAUCAAAGUACAUGGUAAUCAAGUCUUGCAAAUGCUUUUUCUUUGUUUACCUACUGCUAGAACAAGUAGUUCUGCAGUAGUUUAGGGUUUUAGACUCAAGUAUUAACUAAGUAGUAGUCUCUGCCUAAACCAUAAAUCUGUGGCCUUCAGUCAAAAGGAAAUAAUAUUUUUAAAAGAUGCGUCUCAUAAUUUAUAACAAUAGUUCAAAGUAGUUAGGUAGUUUUCAUCUUCUCAAACAGCUUUGUCAAACAUGUACUUAAUUUAUAAAUGGGUACCUGUAUUUAAAUGUCUUCAUUAAAAUAUCUCAGAUAUGCUGAACAAAUGGAGAUGACUGUAAACAGUUGUAUCUGUGCAUUUGUUUGUCUUUACACUUAAAUUUAUAAAGGAGACAGAGUUUGAUCCAUUACUAAACUGAGGUUUUACAACAAGUGGUGAACAAGUCAGACAACUGAACUUUCUUCGUCUAUGUAUUGUAGCGUUUUAAUUAGUAUUGUUGUGUUCUAGAUUCCCAUUGAUGUUUUUUGCACUAUUUGUAAGAGAACAUAAUUGUGAAAAUUGCUGACACGGGUGAUAAUGAUUAAAUAAAUGUACGUGUGCAAAUUUUGGUCUGAGUUUUCUCCAGUGUGCAAU